AUGUUAUUUUUUGAUUUUUUUCUUCAGUUUGUCGAAGAAGUUUUUUCCCGAAAGGGUCCUAAGUCUCAUAAUGGUUACCUUUUUGGUGCGAAAAUUGGUGAAGGAUCUUAUGCGAAAGUUAAAGAGGCGGUUGACGAAACAACGCUAGUGCGAAGAGCGGUCAAGAUCAUCAAACACAGUCGCUUAAGGAAAAUUCAGAACGGCCUGGAAAAUGUGGAGAGGGAAUUGCGGAUUUUAAACAGAGUUAAGCACGAGAACGUAAUUCGGUUAAUUGAGGUGAGUCCUUCAGUAGAAACUGCAAAAGCAUAUCCUAUCUUUUUCGGCUCGGUUAACAUUGGAGAAGAAUAUGUUGAGGUAGUUCAGGUAUUUCGACGAGAGCAGAAGAACAAACUCUAUGUUGUGAUGGAAUUUUGUAUGGGUUCUGUGCAACAGCUUCUGGAUACAGCACAUGAAAACCGGUUAUCCAAUGAUGAAUGCCAUCGGUAUUUUGUUGAUUUAAUGAAAGGACUUGAAUAUCUUCAUUCUGUUGGAAUAGUUCACAAGGAUAUAAAACCGGCAAAUCUUCUUGUGUCGUUAGACUUCACUUUAAAAAUAUCCGAUUUUGGAGUUGCUGAGGAGUUGCCGCUGUAUCAGGUGUGUCUCCGAAAAGACGAUUUAUGUCAGCUUGUUCAAGGGACUCCGAAAUUUCAAGCUCCAGAGUUAGUGUCGGGAAAUACAGAGUGCUACAGUGGUUUUGCAUCGGAUAUAUGGUCAUGUGGUGUGACGUUGUACAAUAUGAUCUCAGGGUUGUACCCAUUUGAAGGAGCAGUAAUUAUGCGUCUUUUUGAUAACAUUGCCCGCGCUGAUUUGGUUAUGCCAGUGAACGUCAAAUUAGAUGAUAAUUUAGUUGCGUGA